CUCCGAUCCCACACCGAGCUAUCCUAUCCAACAUCGCAAUCAUGUCCGCUCCUCAAUUCUGGUCGACUCCCUUCCGCUACAUGCGCUGGGCCUCGCACGAGAAGCCCGCCAUCUUCUACUCCCUCGUCAUCGGCUCCCUGGGCCCGGUCGCGUUGGUGACCAUCCCCCCGAUCCGACGCUACUUCGGCUCCUACGACCCCGAGCCUGUCCCCUUGACAUAUCCCAUCCCCGCCGGUCCCCGCGUCAUCCCGCAGGGUUACGAUGACGAGUAAAUUUUCCCCAUAUAACACACACAAGAUACAACAGCAAUGCAAUACAGUUCCGAUUUUUUUUCUUCUUUCAAUUUUCAGACGGUUCUGAGUCUGGGGUUUGUCGUCAUUAUAAGCUAGGUUUAGGUCUCGAGCAAGCAAGCGAUUGAAGAGGGGGUGGUGAGGGUGCCAUCGGAGAUAUCGACAACGUGAACGCACAGAUUCGAGACUCUGGGGGACAAGCUGAGGCAAGCUGGCUGAGAGGCAAUGGAGUCAACUGACGGGAUCUCUGGUCUGGCGAGCGGAGCUUCCUCGAUCCUGAUAUCAGCAUCCAUUCCCGCCUCGUUGAUUGGCGUGCCCCCCAUGGCUUGCUAAACAUAGUGGGUAUGAGCGUUACAAUGUACUGUACAUGAGAAGAUGUAUCACUGAGCAGAGAGAUUGAGGAAUGUCUUGUUCAAGC